AUGCGACUCCUGAACGUUGAAACACGAAAGCUGCAAGAAUUUGUCGUCAAUGUACCAAAGUAUGCGAUAUUGUCACACACCUGGGGCGACGACGAGGUCACCUUCCAAGAACUCGGAUGCCCUGACCACACCAAGAAGCGAGGCUACACAAAAAUCAACGGUCUCUGCUGCUUAGCAGCCAAAAACGGGUUUGAAUGGGUAUGGAUAGACACCUGUUGCAUCGACAAGACGAGCAGCGCUGAGCUCUCCGAGGCUAUCAACUCGAUGUAUCGGUGGUACAAAGAGGCCUCCAUCUGUGAGCCAGACGACUACGAGUACCCGGAGCCAUUCGUCAAUCACUUUGGCAGCAGUCGGUGGUUCACAAGAGGCUGGACGUUGCAGGAGCUUCUCGCCCCCAAGACAGUCGAGUUCUUUGACGCUGCGUGGAAGAACCUUGGCACUCGCUCUUCACUGGCGCCCAAGAUCGAGUCCAUCACCAGUAUACCGACCGAUUUCCUCGAAAGAAAUGAAGAAUCCCCCGCUAUCCACUCCGCAAAGAUCGCCAUGCGGAUGUCGUGGGCUGCUCGGCGGCAGACAACGAGAGUAGAGGAUAUAGCAUACUCUCUUCUUGGGAUAUUUGAUGUUAAUAUGCCACUGCUCUAUGGCGAGGGGGAAAGGGCUUUUGAGAGGCUGCAGAUUGAGAUUAUGAAGCAGUCUUCCGACGAUUCGAUACUCGCAUGGGCAUCGAACAGCAAACACAAGCCAAAGCCGGCAACGCACUAUGACGAGAUGGUCUUUUACAUCUCUCAAAAAGAAAGGGCGUUGGCCCGAUGCCCUGAUGAGUUUGCUUGGUGGACUUCAACCCAGCCUCUGGAUUUCUGUAAAAGAAGCAUUUUCGGCAUGGAGAUGACGAUUCGCGGUCUGCGUGUCACUCUUCCUGUUCUCAAAGGGGAAAAUGUGUCAUACGGUGUGCUCAACUGCAUGAUGGACAACAGUUUCGACCAGAUUCUUGCGGUCAGACUACGUCAUACCGAUGUCGCCGGCGAGUAUGAGCGGGCAAUGGGUGAUCCCAUCAUUCUAUCCUGGCAAGCUGUGAAAAAAUGUCAACAAAUGACUGUCUACAUUUCAAACAAGGACCAGCAGAAUUUGCGUCAUAGAGGACCUCCUUGGCACAAAUGGUUGACAUACACAAUCCGAAUUCAAGGCUCAGAUGAUAGGACCGAACGUUUGGUUGGGGUGGAGCCAGAGCAUCUUUACCGGGAGGAAUGGAGUUCCGUAUGUGUUCGGUAUCAUCACUUAUGGCGCUCGCCACGAAUCCUCCUUCACUACGAGAAAUUUCCCAUGGAUAAUCGACGAGAUAGUGACGGUGAUUGGGAUGGGUUCAUUGUUGUUCUGGAAGAAAGGAAUCCGCGCUAUGCCUUCUUCUCUUUCAAGCUAAAACCUCCGCCAUUUGUCUGCUAUACCAUACCCAUGCUAAGGGGAAAACCCGUAUCAGACAACCAGCAUGAACAGCUUCUCUGGCAGAUACCUCGUUCGAAACGUCGCGACUUUUCAAACCUCAGGAACAUUUUCUCACUGAAAGCUGGCGUUCCUCAGGUUAAGAUUCAGCGAGAGAAGUUCCUCGAUCAGGAGUGGUUCCUUCUCAAAAUCGUUUACACCAAGUCGUUGGCCCAAUAUGCCAUGCCCAUCACCAGGGCCAUCACAAGUCUGCGCCCAUUCAUAGAAACACGAUGCGCCCAUGCUUGA